AUGGGCAACAAUUGUUGCGCCGGACGCGACGAGAGUCUGGGCUCCAACUUUGCCUCUGCUCGCUCCAAGCGGGUCACCGCCGGCGAAUCGAACUACGGCUACGGAAUUUCGCGUGACCCGACGAUUAUCAAUUCGUCUAUGAUGAUGUCGCAGAAACAAGGUUCCAUUCGGGCUGCAAGCACGCACAUCAGUCCUGCAGCUGCAGCAUCAACACGUCGGAGUUCUAACGGAACGAAGCAAAAAGCGCCGCAGGGAAUGACGCAGUAUGUGGUGGAGUCGGCGUUGCCGCCCGUUUCGGGGGCGAGUCAAUACGACUUUUUGAAGGAUGAGGUCAGUGGUAUGUACGACCCGAAUGGAAAGGCCACGAUGUUUCAGGGGUCCGGUGUGUACAAUCCUGAUUUUGAUGACGACUCAGACGACGGCGACUAUGCUCACGCGAAUCAGUCUUUUAUUCGGGGGAUGGAGUGAAGAAGAGCACACCAGGGACGGAUUCGAUCAAGAUGUGGCGUUUCAAAAAUGAUGAAACCAAACUGACUGAGGAGCAGGAGAAGGAACGACCAAACUGGAGAUAGUACAUCAAUGGAAGAUACGAGGACGUGUAUAUAAGACCGCGUUGAGAACAGAGCAAAUUAUCACCUCAGCUCGCACUUGUUCCGCACGUGAAACUAGAACCUGUCGCGCCACACGUUUCAUACAUUACAAUUACACGUUUUAGUACAGCCUUUGGUGUAGUAAAGUUAACUUUUACUUGAAAAUCUUUUCCUGUUAGUCUGUUCGUGCCGGAAUAAACCGCCGACGUUCCUCUGCGAGGAGGAUGCUUGUCGGCCCCUGCAACUACAGGAUCUGAUGCAUUUUUGUCUCUAAAAAAUCCAUUGAUGCUACAGCAUCCGCGGUGUCUGCUGGGCAACAAGCCACUUCGAAACGCACGAGGUUGGCUGACGCCCAGCGGAUCUCUUUCUAGCUAGAGAGCGAAAAUUAUGGCACGCAAGUAUGCGGUGCGAAUGCGAUGGCCACUACUUCUUUAUACGGCUUGAAUAAUGACGGUAGUUGAGCCCUCGAAGGAGGUUGUCGCACUUGGCACACAAAAACUUUCUACGCACUGACAAGCAAAGUCAAGAAUCCACGAUGUUGUGCCCGGAAGAUUGCAUCGAGCCAACAAGUGAGGACCAGCGAAGUUCCUUGGUGCCUGCUCCGUUUUUUCUGCAGUUUCCACAACUUGUUCGACGC